AUUUUAAUCGCUCUUUCUUACUUUUGCAAAUUAAAACCCUAAAGUUCUAAUGCGAACCAGCGCCAUUUCUCUAUUCACCAAACUCCAGCAAUGGGACUGCCUGAUUCCAGCGACUUUGGCCCUCACCUUCGCGAGCACCUCCGGGUGCGAUUCGAGCAAUGCCACCGCCCACAGAAGCGACGAAGUGGACGCGUCCUGCGCCAUGAAGAGGAAGUCGAAGAGGUAUCCACCGAUCUCAGCGUCGAUGGAGAACGACGACGACGUGUCUCCAGAAAUGGAUUGCGGAAGAAGAAGUGACACUGAAAGCUGGAGUACUCAAGCAUGGGGUUCGAGCCUAAGUUCUUACUGAAAAAGAUGGAUCACUGAAAGCUAUGGAAGAAGAAGCGAACCCAACCCUCUUAUUUUGUUUUUGUUUUUGUCUUUUUUGGUUUUCUACAAUUUUAGAACCCAACCCUCUUAUUUCUGUUAUUUUAGAGCCGCUUUGCUGAUGCUUUUAUCCGAGAGCUUGCCGAAGUGACCAUACCACCUGAAAGAAUAUAUGGCCUUGGAACUGGUCCUAACGUAGAAGUUUUGAAGUAGCUUCAGAAAAAGCUAGAGCACCAAGGACUGACACUGCACUUUGUUGAGGAUCGGCUAGCUACCUUAAAAAAUGUCAUCAAAGAGCCUGAGUUAGACCAAUGGAAUUUGUAUCUAGGUAAUUGGGGUUACAACACCCAGAAAGAAAGAGAGGAAGUUGCUGCUAUCCCCAGAAUUCAUGUUCUUGAGCUCUCCGACUUCAGCAAGAAGUUGAAAUAGGGGUCUUCAUUGGAUUGUCAACUGUUAAUCGUUGAACCAAAUAUUUUUCUUCCAACUCAUUUAUAAACAAUAAGCGAACACAAUCUUUCUACUAAGAAAUUCUCUCCUUUUCGUCUUGUUAAACUGCAAUAAUUGGGUCGAGAGCUUUGUUGUCUUAACUAGACCUGCCCAACUUGAACUUGAAUAAGAUGGUUCAAACCCAUAAGUUACAGUAAUUUGUACUCUCUUAGAGGAAACGAAAAUUGGUGAAAUUCUUGGGAAGUGUCUGACAAAUUCCUUACCGAUGUUCAUAGUCAAAAGGUUCCUUUAGGUAUAAGUACAUCUGCAAAAUCAACUAUUUGUAGAACCAAGUAGUAUAUUUUGUCUCUCAUUCUCUCAUAAGCUGAAAAUUUUGAAAACUACAUACUGUUAAAAUAUGGUCUAUGAAGGGUGAUAUAUUUAGUUUUAUGGUUGUUGCACUGAUGUUAUCUGACUAUGAUUUAUUUUACUGUUUAUGUAUUUUGCUAACUCUGUCCAAUAUACCAAUUAGAGUGAUAACAUGGACGCUACCAGUAACAACCAUUGUUUUUGUAGUUUCUUGUAAGUUUCUUGUGUGGAGCAUGAUGCCUCAUCCUGUUUAUGCAUUGAGUCGAUUAAAAUGUGCAUGAACCAAAAUAUUUAUGCAUGUGACUUUUUUUUCAGUGGAUAAAUUGUAUUAUUGUCCUUUUCAUUUUAAUCCAUCAUGUCCCUUAUGUUACUGCAGAGUUUUGGACAUGUAGAAAAAUCAUCCACAUGGACAGAUCCUUCUUCUAAGUUUCCAACAAAAUUUGUCCAGUUUCCUGUAAGCAACAGUUCAUUUUUGGCCUCAAAUUCCUCAUUUUUGUCCCCAUCAACAACAAAAAAUUCCUCAGAGGAGGUAAUGGAAGAAACAUAUUCUGGUAUCACUACCAACAUCAACAACGAGCUUCAUAGUAAGUGAAGCCGAUAAUCAAUUCAUUAAAUGCAGACCCCACGUUGGGAAGUUUCACCUGCCACAACAUGCAUGAUCAUACUUUUCCUUCUAUUGUGGUGAAAAUCUCUCUGGACAAAUUGUAUAUGGCUAUACACAUGUCCUUUAGCCAGCAGCUUCCUAAUGAAGGGAAUUAACUUAUGCCAAUGAUUUCUUUAAUUGCCAAUUGUCAUAAUGACACAAUGUUGCCAAGCAUAUACUGCAACUCUGCAAGGCAAGCAUACCCAAAGCCCAGGAUUGAUUAUACUCUGAAAGCUAUUGGUGGAAGUUUAACGGCUAUUCCUGGAAUCUCGGAUAUGAUUGAUGAUACUGUGAACUCAAUUGUUACUCACAUGCUCCAAUGGCCUCAUAGGAUUGUGGUUCAACUUGGUGGCAUUCCUAUUGAUACCAGUGAAUUGGAGCUUAAAUCCCAGGGAAAACUUGCACUGACUGUAGUGAAAGCAGCUGCUUUAAAGAAUAUGGAAAUGAUUGGAAAGUCAGAUCCUUAUGUAGUUGUGCAUAUUCGACCAUUAUUUAAGUAUAAAACCAAGGUUCUUGAUAAAGACAUUGGGCAAGAUAAGCGAUUGGGAAUAGCACAGUUACCCCUUAUUGGUCUAGAAAUACAAACUGAAAAGGAGAUCGAAUUGAGGCUACUGCCCUCACUUGAUACACUUAAGGUGAAAGAUAAGAAAGAUUGAGGAACCUUAACAAUGAAGGUCAUGUAUUAUCAAUUUAACAAGGAAGGCAGCUGGUUGCACUAGAAGCAGAAAAGAAGAUACUAGAAGAAAGGAAGAAACUGAAAGAAGCGGGAGUGAUAGGAUGCACAAUGGAUGUACUAGAUGGAGCAGUAUCAGUGGUAGGGUCUGGUGUUGGACUGGUUUGGUGAAUUAUUCUGCAUAGCCAUAUUUGUUUUUAUCAAAUAGCCCUUGAUUUGUGUUUUUUUUUUUGUUUUGUUUUUUGUACCAAAUAUAAAAUAAUUCUAGAAAGUAUUGCAAGAGGCUCUGUGAUUUAAUUUCGCUAUUUGUUUCUUAUCUCCUAUAGGAAUGGAACAUAUUUUAACCAUUCUUUGAAUUGAGAUGCUCAUGUUUUUAUAAAUAUCAUAAAGUUGAUGAUGAGAAAUAUUCUAUUUUA